AUGAGCAUGAGCGUGAACGCAAACACCAGACCACCAGCAGGCGCACCGGCGUCGCCCGCCUCGCGCCGUCUCCUCAUCUUCCAGGAGGCGCGCAACCCGCAGAACGUCGCAGAGACUGUCUACAUCCCCGUCAACAAGCUGGGGUUACCUAUUUGUGGUGAUGGGCCUGAGUUGCCUUCUAUUCUGGAGUUGCCGCUGCGGGUGCUGAGGGUGUUUACGGAUACCUUUAAUCAGCCGAAGUAUAAAGGAUGGGCCGUUGUCUCUGCUGGUCCUUACCGUGAUAUCACAGAAGACGGGAAAUUCUAUGCUGUGCUCUUGGAGCAGACGCAGCAUACUGUGCAUGCAUCGCAUGAGACCCAUAUGGGGACACCUUGA